AAACUAUGAUUACAUUCCGAAAAAUAUCCGAAAAAUAUGGAGGUCUUACGACCUAGGCCUACGAAGCUAAAGCGGGAAUUUCUCUUGGAGAUUCUCCCCUCUUUAAGUUCCCCUGUAACUGGUAUCCCCUUAGUUCUUGGCUGAGCGGUCGACGAUUGCAUGUGAAAGUGGCGUGACGCUCGAUGCAGACUCAGUGUCCGCGCAGACGUCGUCGUGGCCAGUUGUUUUUCUUCGUUGUACGUUUGUAUACAAUACGUGUGUAAGUUGAUGAGUGCGACGAAUCUGUGUAGCAAGAGCAGUGUGAAGAAGCCACGUGUACAACGAACCAUCCAUAAGAGUACGAUGAAAAAAAGGACGGACAAAAUCAUCGAUUAGAUGAGGAUAGACAUACUCGAAAAGUUCACAUUCAAAUCCUGGACUGACAAACCGAUCAUUCUUCUUUCCUUAGAAUUGAACACGUUACGGAUCGUUUCGGUUCGCCUAUUUUUUUCUACUACGACUGGCAAUUAGCAGAAUUAAAAAAAAAUAACAUAAAAAUACUAUGAUAAUUUGCGGCAAGUUAAUGCUGCGUGUAAGGACUGAUGGAUUCAACGAAAAUCAAAUCGAAACCAAAUCCAAGAGAAAAGGCGAGCAUUGUAUCGAUAUUACUAUGGUGGUGGACUAUCAGUUUAUUCAAGACAGGAUACAAAAAAAUUUUAGAAUUAGAAGACUUGUUUGAUCCUUUGAAAGUCGACCGAUCGAAUCUACUCGGAGAUCGAUUAGAAAAACGAUGGAAAAUCGAGUUAGAAAAAUCGAAGAAAUGGAAACGCAGUCCGAGUUUGCUGAAAACCAUUUUCCACACAUUCGUGUGGGAGUACUUCCUACUCGGAAUGAUGCAGAUACUCAACGAAUUUGUGAUAAGAUUGGGCACACCGUUGCUGCUGGGUGGUCUCUUACGCUAUUUCCGGAAGGACUCGGGUGAAACAUACGAGAAUGCUCUAUGGUACGCGGCUGGAAUAUGCAUGAUGUCCGGCGUAAAUGUUAUAAGCGUUAAUCAAUCCAUUUUCGGUGCUUAUCAUGUCGGCGCCAAUGUCCGCGUGGCCGUCUGUUCCGUGGUAUACAGAAAGGCUCUGCGUCUGAGCAAGACUGCUCUGGGCGAGACAGCACCAGGCAAAGUGGUCAAUCUGGUGGCCAACGAUGUCAGUAGGUUCGAUCUCGUUUCCAUUUUGAUCCAUCACAUGUGGUCGGCACCUUUGUCCGCCCUGAUAGUGGCUUACAUCUUGUAUCAGGAUGUCGGCUAUGCUGGUCUCAUCGGUAUCGCCGCUAUCUUUGUGGUUGUGCCGAUCCAAUCUUACACCGGCAAGCUAUCGUCCAAAUUCCGUCUCCAGACAGCUAUUAAAACGGAUGAACGAGUUCGGCUGAUGGACGAGAUUAUUUCCGGCGUGCAGGUGAUCAAAAUGUAUGCUUGGGAGAAGCCGUUCUGCGCAAUGAUCGAGUUGGCGCGCAAGCUCGAGCUACGAGUGGUGACCAAGAGCUCGUACAUCCGCGGUAUCUACAUGACCUUCAGUCUCUUCACGACUCGGAUGGCGCUUUACUGCACUCUCGUAACCAUGCUCAUGUUCGGCAACGAGCUCACCGUCGACAAGGUCUUUGUCGUUUCGUCUUGCUUCAACGUUCUUGCACAGACUAUGUCUGGUAUGUUUGUGCGCGGCAUUGCCGAGCUGGCCGAAUGUAUGGUGGCUAUACGCAGACUCCAAAGUUUCCUCCUCUUUGACGAGUUCCAGGACAACAGCAUCUCGAAGACAUCCUCCAACUAUGUUAAUCUUUCUUCAAACAUGCAAACCUACAAACAGGAAGGCAAACAAGAUUUGCCUUUUAUCGAUGAUGAUGUGGAAGAUUAUCAAAGUUUAAAUGAACAUAAUAAUUACAAAAAGCAGGACGGACUAACGACUGUCGCUACCGACUUGUUAAAGAAUACCACUAAUUUUAUUCAAGAAGAAAAGCGAUUAUCCACGUGCAACGAUGACAGUUGUGCCAUCAACAUGAUCAAUGUAACUGCCAAGUGGGAGGAUAAACAGUCGCAAAAUACCUUGGAGAAUUUGAAUCUGGAGAUAAAGAAAGGCAAGUUGUAUGCUGUAAUUGGCAUGGUAGGUAGUGGCAAAAGUUCCCUUUUGUCUGCGAUUUUGAGUGAGAUCACUCUGACUGAAGGUCAGAUUAAGCUCAAUGGCAAAAUCAGCUAUGCCAGCCAGGAAGCCUGGGUGUUUAGUGCCUCCGUUCGACAGAACAUACUCUUUGGUCAGGUUUAUGAGCGCUAUCGAUAUCAGAAAGUAAUUAAAACUUGCGCUUUGGAACGUGACUUCAAGCAGUUCCCGCAAGGUGAUCAGACUAUCGUGGGUGAACGUGGUAGCUCAUUGUCUGGUGGACAAAAGGCCAGGAUCAAUUUGGCCAGGGCUUUGUACAGACAAUCGGACAUUUACCUGUUGGAUGAUCCUUUAAGUGCGGUCGAUGCGCACGUCAGCAAACAUCUAUUUCAAGAAUGUAUUCAGAGAUAUUUAGCCGGAAAGACGAGGAUCUUGGCGACGCAUCAGUUGCAAUACAUAAAGGGAGUGGACGCUAUUAUAUUACUUGAACAAGGAAAAAUAAAAUACUUUCCGAAUUAUCAAGAUUUAUUGGAAUAUCGACCCGAGUACGGAGUACUCGUGGCAGCGGAGAAUGAGACCGACGAAUCGUCUUUUGAAAAAACUAUAAGUAUAAGACGAAAAUUCUCUUCUGCGAGUAAUAGAAGUCGUACUCCGGAAGCCAGCAGCGGCGGUACAGAUGAUGAAGAAGAGGACGAAAAUGAGGAACAAUUAAACGACGGUAUGGAAGGGACGUCACGUGGUUUAGUUAAAGGUUCUAUAUUUAUUAAGUUCUUCCAAACUGGUGCCAAUUUAUACAUGGCCUCCAUUGUUCUGUUCCUGUUUAUCGUCACGCAAUUUAUUGUCAGUCUCAGCGACUACUUUGUGCCUUUCUUUGUCAGUAAGAUAGAAACACAAAAAUAUCUAACCAAACUACACAGUCAGAAUCAAACAGAUGAUACUUACGAGAAUAUAACGAGAAAUCAUUUAGAUAUUGUCUCGAAUGACGCGGAUAUGUCGAAAAUAAUGAUUUACGUCUACAUCUACACAGGCAUUGUGCUGAGUAUUUUUGUUAUUGGUAUCUCCAGAUCGCUGUUCUUUUAUAAGACGUGCAUGAUGUGCAGUCAGCGUCUGCACGACAUGAUGUUUAGUGCAUUAAUUCAUACGGGAAUGCGAUUUUUUGAUACUAAUCCUAGCGGUAGGAUCUUAAACCGGUUCUCGAAGGAUAUGGGCACUAUCGAUGAAAUAUUACCCAAGGCAUGCCUAGAUGCCGGACAGAUAAUCAUGUUGAUGUUCGGUUCGCUGAUAGUCACCUGUAUAAUUAAUCCCAUCUUUUUGGUGCCUAUUGUGUUCAUCAGCAUAAUAUUUUACUGGAUUCGCAAGGUUUAUCUUAAAACUAGUAAAAAUAUCAAGCGGCUAGAAGGAAUGUCGCGCUCGCCAGUAUUUACUCAUCUAAAUGCUACAUUGAACGGUUUGACAACUAUCAGAGCGUACUGCACUCAAGAUGUACUCAAACAGGAAUUCGACAAAUUACAGGAUGUACAUACAUCUACCGUUUAUGCGUAUAUCGUGACUAGCGCGGCUGUUGGAUUCAUUCUAGAUGUAUUUUGUUUUAUUUUCAUUUCUCUCGGCACCUUCAGUUUUUUGCUAUUCAAUCAAACAUUUUCUGGUGGCGAAGUUGGAUUGGCUAUUACUCAGAUAAUGGGAAUAACAUGGAUAAUUCAAUGGGGAAUGCGACGGAGCGCCGAGGUAGCUAAUCAGAUGAUGGCGGUGGAACGCGUGCUCGAAUAUGUUCAACUUGCGCCAGAGCCGAAGUUGAGAAAUAGAGGGACAUACUUGAAGAAGAAAGACAAGGAGAAUCUGGUAUUGCCGGACAAUGCACCCAAACGAUGGCCCGAAAAAGGUAGCGUCGUGUUCAGGGAUGUUUAUAUGCGUUACGCGGACGAGGAUCCGCAUGUUCUUAAGGGUUUGAAUAUAGUGAUCUACCCCGGAGAGAAGAUUGGCAUCGUGGGAAGAACUGGUGCCGGAAAAUCAUCUUUAAUAUCAGCUCUAUUUCGAUUAGCGAAAGUGGAAGGAAUCAUUGAGAUCGAUGACAUAGACACGGGAUUGAUUGCCUUGGAAGAUUUGCGACGCAAAAUAUCUAUCAUCCCUCAAGAUCCUGUAUUAUUCUCAGGUACUUUGAGACGCAAUCUGGAUCCUUUCGAUGAAUUCCCCGAUAAGGAUUUGUGGGAAGCACUUGAAGAGGUUGAGUUGAAAGAUGCGGUCGGCAUUAACGGGAAUGGUUUAGAAAGUCGCGUGUUUGACAGAGGUAGCAAUUACAGUGUCGGUCAGAGACAAUUAGUAUGCUUAGCGCGAGCUAUUUUGAGAAACAAUCGUAUAUUGAUGCUGGAUGAAGCGACCGCGAACGUCGAUCCUCACACCGAUGCACUGAUUCAACGCACUAUUAGGAAAAAGUUUGCGACUUGCACAAUGCUUACGGUGGCGCAUCGAUUAAACACCAUAAUGGAUAGCGAUAAGGUUCUAGUGAUGGAUAAGGGUCAUAUAGUUGAAUAUGAUCACCCUCAUAUGUUACUGCAAAACAGCUACAGUCAAUUCAGUUCGUUAGUAAGAGAAACCGGUCCAGGCAUGUGUGAUCAACUUAUCAAGGUAGCUAAGCAAUCAUAUUUAAACAAAUAUGGUAAAACAUAACGAAACAUACGAAUCUUUUAAGAAUAAAUCUUUGUUAAUUGAAUUUUUUUUAUGUUUCCGCUUUUCACACUCAAGGUAAAAGCACAUGUCUAUGAUAUAUUUGUAAAACAAAAAGAACAGAAAGAAUAUAUAAUAAAGAAUACAUAUAUUAUUACAUUUACAUGCAGACGAAUUUCACUUAUAUUUCCAGAAGCUUAAAAGAAUAUAUUGUACGACUUUCUUCGGAAUAUUCUUAUGUAAUCGUUUCUUGCCCAGAAUAUUAUAAUUUGCGAUGUUAAUAUGUAUCUAGAACGUUUACAGAAAAUUAUAUUUUUUUAUGUCAUUUACUUAAUGAUUGUUUCGUUAAAUUAUUCUCGCCAGAAUGUCAAGUUCUUCCAUAAUGUGUCGUAGUACUAUUAUAUUUUCCUAUUUUAUGCGUUUUUACUUAUACACUUUUAGAAAUCAUAAAUAUCUUUAAAUCUCUUAUAGUAAAGUGUAACUUAGUCAACUUAGCUUGUGUUAACUUAAAAUGAAUUGAGACAAUGACAUAAAACAAGGUUUAUUUUGAA